AUGGCAAGCAUUUCAAACCAAAUCAUUCUUUCAUGGUAUCAUUUGCCUAGUUUCUUGCUUUCCACUUCUUCCUCUUCCACCACCCUUGCCGCCACUCCUCCUUUUUUUCUUGUUUCCUCAAUGGCCUCUCCCACAAAAAUUCAUCCCGCAACUUUGGUUACUAACAUUAAAAUAAGCGUGCCUAUCCAACUUGAUGAAGAUGGCUCCAAUUUUCAUACUUGGGUCACUUUAUUCAAGCUUCAUUGUAGAGCUCACCUUGUGGAUUUUCACAUUCUUCCCCAUGACUCCUCUAAAGCAUUAGUUUCUAAAGAAUCCGAAUGGCAACGUCUUGAUGACAUUGUUCGCACAUGGAUUUACGGCUGUAUUAGUCCAUCUCUCCUCCAAUCCAUAGUUCGUCUCGAUGAUUGUGCUUUUGAUGCUUGA